CCCAGAAGCUCAAAAAGGUAAAUCAUUUUAUGUUCCUUUAUGUAAUUUGACUAAUUGUAAGAUGACAAACAAUUAACAGAAUAUAGAACUUUACCUUUUUGGUGUUCAUUAAUGUUUUAAAUGGAACUAGGACUUUUAUCAAUUGCAUAUUAUUAUCUAGGUUUGUGUUUCCUAACCUGUAAAUAUCUCUAAGAAUGUUUAAUGUUUCCUGCUAUACCUAUGGUCCUGAUGAUAUGUUAGACAUAAUGUUGAAGACAAUAAAUUAUAGACUUGCUAAAUAUUUUUUAAUUUGCAAAAGUGGAAUAAUUCUUUUCCCAAGUGCUGUACACAUAAUUGUGAUCUCUGAGUUAUUUCAUUUCAGAUAAGAAGAUUGUAAGAGAGGUAAAAAGUCUUAUGUAAAACUGCAUGUUUUUACUAAUGCUUUAAUGAAAGAUUAUUUUAGACUAUAAAAACAUUUCCAGCCUUUGUUUAUGGUUCCUCUGAUGUAUUAGGUAAAGGCAAAUAUAUAAUGUAAUUGGCCUCUUGGUGAAAGGGUAAUUUAAGUUUGAAUUCUACUACCAGUGUAGUUAUUUGAAAUGGACCCACCAUUUUUACAUCAUCUUAAAUAAUGUGACUUUGCCCGGAUUAUGUAAUAUAACUGUCCCCAUUAUUUUGAGAUAAAAAGUGCAGACAUACACUCUUGACAUAGACUAGAAGAAUUAUUAACAUGUUUUUGUAGUAUAAAUUUUAUUAUUUUGGCUUCUUUCUCUCUCUCCUUUAUCUACACACUGUGGAUGUUUUCUAAGAACUACAGUCCUAUUUUUUCUUCUUUCAGGCAUACCAGGUGGCCUUUACCUAGAUGAUUUGAAUGAAGAAGCAAUUUCUGUGCAGUUUACGAAUACAAUUACAUCAUCAUCAACAACACUUGGUAUCGACUGUGUGUACGAUAAUUUGGCAAAUUACGAAGGAAACGAAGGAAGUUCAAGGGGACAGAGAAGACAAUGAUGACAAGAAAGUGGUUGCAGAGAUCAUGGCAAGAUGUUUUAUUCCAGCUCUAGUAACAACCACCCCCUGGGAGGGGUUUCGUUUUGUUGGUCAUGAGAUUCGAAUUACUGAAGCCAUGGAUUGUUAUGGUGCUGUCGUUUGGCCAUCGGCCCUUGUUUUAUGCUAUUUUCUGGAAACAAAUGUAAAGCAGUAUAAUAUGGUUGACAAAAAUGUGAUUGAAAUUGGAGCUGGAACAGGGCUUGUCUCCAUUGUGGCAAGUUUACUUGGUGCACAUGUGACUGCCACAGAUUUACCUGAAUUACUUGGAAACCUGCAAUAUAAUAUAUCCCGAAACACCAAAAUGAAAUGUAAGCACUUGCCUCAGGUUAAAGAACUCUCCUGGGGCAUAGCUUUAGACAAGAACUUCCCCAGGUCUUCUAACAAUUUUGAUUAUAUUCUUGCGGCUGAUGUUGUCUAUGCUCAUCCUUUCCUGGAAGAACUCCUCAUUACCUUUGACCAUCUGUGCAAAGAAACUACCAUCAUCCUUUGGGUCAUGAAAUUCAGGUUAGAGAGAGAAAAUAAAUUUGUAGAUAGAUUUAAGGAGUUGUUUGACCUGGAAGAGAUUUCUAGUUUCCCUAGCCUGAAUAUUAAGUUGUAUAAAGCUAUGAAGAAAAAUCGAAGGAGUGCAUGAUAUCCUCAAACAAGGACUUGGGAGGCAAAGGCAAUUUCUAGUAGAUUAUGACUUUAAAGAAAACUCUGGAUAAUCUGAUGUAACACUGACUUUCCCAAGGGGGAACACACACACACUUGCUAUACCCCAGAUAGGGAUUUUCCCAGAUGUAGCAUGUGGGUCUGGAGGAUGGCAAAGCCAUAUUAUGUUUUUAUUGGUUAGGACAAUGUCUGUUUUUAAUUAUCCCUCCCUCCAUAGCAUCAUUUGUUAUUAUUGUCAUUUUAAUAAUAGUGCAAUUAUUGUUAUUUUUAAUGUAUAACUGUAGAAUGGUGGUUUUCAAUAAUGAUAUAUCUAAAAUAAACUUAUAUGAUUCUCUCCUUAGAAAUAAAGAAA